CUGUUGGUCACAGAUCGAUCUCGAACACCGGUGGAGGGUCAGCAAGCACCCUCCAUCGAUGUUUCAAUUGACUUUACCAGACCAGAUGGACAAAGAACGAGGCCGUUAUUGGUUGAAAAUAAACGUCUUUAUGUGGAUGAGCAUUACAUCUCCAUCUGGUCUCCAGUUCUCAGAGCUUGGUGUGUUGAAUGUCCCGAUAGAGAACUUAUAUUAGCGAAUGUUCAAUAUGAUCAUGUGUUGGAGAUGUUGGAAUGCAUUCAUCCAACAUAUAAAUCAAUUGAUGAUCAAUCAGUUCAUGUUCUACUUCCAUUAGCAUAUGAUUAUCAGAUGGAAGGAUUACUACAUCGUUGUGAAUGUUUUCUCAUAACACAUAAUUUGCCAUUUUUGGAAAAAGUAUGGAUAGCUGAUAGGUAUAAAUUAAAUAGAUUAUUAGUAUUAUGCUUACGCGAAAUGCGACCUCAUAGUAAAGUUGAUUUGACGGGUUCUCGAUAUUAUGCUCUUAGUGAUCGAGUCAAAGUUCUAUUGCUCGAACGUUUACAUGGUGCUCCUGCUCCUGAAGAAAUACCUGAACCUCCAUUGGACAUGGAGCACUUUCAACGAGCAACUGACCUUCAAUUUGCUGUCAUACGAGCUAAGACUGGCAGACAAUAUUAUGCAAAUCCGUUCUACAUAGCAGCUUGGUCGAAUGUCUUUCAGGAAAGAGUCUAUACAACUCCCAAUGCUUUAGAAGAAUUAUUUUGUCCAUGUUCUCAUGAGGAAUUAAAAGCAUUUCUCAUGGCUAUACAUCCACCUCAGCUUCGUAUAACGGAGCAAAACAUUGCUCCGGUACUUAUGUCAGCUUGCAAAAUGGAAAGUCCUGCUUUAUUACGCAAAUGCGCUAUGAUUCUAUUAGCUCCUCAAACUCAGUUAUCUGUAUUCGUUCGAUUAUCAUUACUUGAUCGAUGUUUUUUACAUGAAAUGAUUCCUGCGUGUUUGGCGAUGGUCCAAAGACCUGAACACUUACUUCAAAUGACUCAACAGAGCACUUAUGAUUGUCUUUCUACUAGAGCAAAAGCUGCCAUGCUAGAUAGAUUAACGUCACUGAUGGUUAAUCCCGGUCAACAACCUCAUCACUGUAAACAAUGUAAAGCCUAUUCUCCAUGUCAAUCUGUUUCAUGGAUGUGUCCUCAAUGUCGUACACAUUCCAAUGAUAUUAGUCUUUUACGUAAUUCCACCAAUGCCAUUCAAAGAUGA